CACCAUCCAUAAAUAGUUUCCGCCGUAGCCAUAAGCUCACAUUCUCCUCUUUCAAAGCUCUCCGAGAUGAUAAAAAUGGCUGGAAUUUAUCAAUUAUUUCCUUUACCCGAAACCAAAAAAAUCCUUACUCCUCGAUCUUCUUCCCCAAUGCAAUGGCGCCCAGCUCAAGCAGUUCCCUCCAAAUUGCAAUGUACCCAUGGUUCGCCCUGGGCCACAUCACCUCCUUCCUCCACCUCUCCAACAAGCUCGCUGAGAGAGGCCACAAGAUCUUCUUCCUCCUCCCCACCAAAACCCGAACCCGAUUCGAGGCGCUGAAUCGACACCGGGAUCUCAUCUUCUUCAUCCCGAUCCCCGUCCCGCAGAUCGACGGCCUCCCCGCCGGUGCAGAAACCACCGCCGACGUCCCCUUCCAGUCACAUCCCCUGUUACUGACCGCAAUGGACGAAACCAAACCGGUCAUCGAAACCCACCUCCGAAACCUCAAACCACAAUUCGUCUUCUACGAUUUCAGCCACUGGUUGCCGUUACUAGCCCGCGACCUGGGGAUUAAGUCCCUGCAUUACUGCACAAUCAGCCCAGCCGCCGUUGGGUACUUGCUCAGGCCACCAAACAGCAAUCUCAAAGCAGAGAAGAGGUCGCUGACGGCUUCGGAGCUGAUGAAACCGCCGAUCAAUUUCCCAGAUUCGUCAAUUCGAUUGAAAGCCUUUGAAGCUAGAGGGUUUGCCGAAUUUGGCGAGGGCCGUGAUUCAUUUACGGAGAGAAUGUCGCUCUGUUUUGGAGAGUGUGACAUGAUUAGCUUCAAGACGUGCGUCGAGAUGGAAGGACCUUACUGUAGGUACAUCGAGCAGCAAUUCAAGAAACCAGUAAUCCUAGCCGGACCAGUCGUCCCCGAAUCGCCGAAAUCAAGAUUAGAAGACAACUUUGCACGAAUUCUGGACGGAUUCAGCCCGAACACCCUGGUCUUCUGCUCAUUCGGAAGCGAAUGCAGAUUAGAAAAAGACCAGUUUCAGGAGCUGCUCCUCGGCCUCGAGCUGACAGGCCGCCCGUUCCUCGUCGCGACCAAGCCGCUCAUCGGAGCCGAAUCCUCCCCGAUCGAGUCGGCCUUCCCUGAAGGGUUCGAGGACAGGACGAGAGGCAGAGGGUUCGUGACAGGGGAAUGGGUUCAGCAGCAGCUGAUACUGGACCAUCCUUCCGUCGGGUGCUUCGUGACGCAUUGCGGGUCAGGUUCGCUGUCGGAGGCGAUGGUGACGGACUGUCAGCUGGUGCUGCUGCCGAAUGCCGGCGAUCAGAUCAUCAACGCGAGGUUGAUGGGCGGGGAUCUGAAGGUCGGAGUCGAGGUGGAGAAGAGGGAGGAGGAUGGGAAGUUUACAAGAGAAGGUGUUUGUGAGGCGGUGAGAGUGGUGAUGGAGGAAGGGAGUGUGGUCGGGGAAAUGGUGAGGGAGAACCAUAGGAAGUGGCGGGAGUUCGUUUUGAGCGUUGGGGUUGAAGAUCAGUAUGUUAAGGAGUUUGUUCAUAAGUUACAGGCUUUGCUUGAUACCUAAAUUGUAUAGUAAGUAUGAACAUGAACGCUAUAUGAAUAUGUUCGGAUGGUUGGAUGAAAUGAGUCGAGUCGAAUCGAUUUAUAGUAGGAAUUUUGAGAUGGUUGAAGGAUUAGUCGGAGAAUCGGGAUUCAAUUAGGUCAAAUAUAUGGCUUUAUAACACUUAUCUUGGAAAUAGAUUGCGUGACAUGGAUUUAAAAGCUCAGAAUGUCAUUAAGAGGAGUGGUGAUAAUCUAUUGGGACCCAAAGAAACCAAUUGAAACCAUGAGCUAUAUCAGUUAACUACAUGUUAAGAGGGAAGUCGAGAUAUCAACUCACGAUCAUGAACUGUACAAUGCUUAUUCAUAUUGGCAUAAAGAUUUGAAAUAAAAAAAUCUUUUAUUUUUCCGAUUGAUUAGCUAAAAUUGUGUUGUUUAGCAACUAGAUCCGAAUCUCAUCAAUACAAAAAGAUGUACGGUUCUAUGUAUUUGCGAGGAUAUUAGUGGUAAAGCCGCGUUGAUGGUUGGAGAAGCUAUAGUCUCCUCACUCUCAAAAGCAUGUAAAUUUUGUAAUAGAUUUGAGAAAUAUAGUAGCUGAUAAGAUUUUAGUUUCUUGCCAAUUCAAAUUCUCCGAGCUUAAAUUAUUAGCCACCUUGUUUAGAUUUAUAGUUUCCAUGCUUCGGAGGAUGUAAUGCAUAAUUGAAAUGUUAAACAAUUGCACGUUUGUUUGUAUUGAUUUUAAUGUGUUUGGUGGUAAUUAAUUGCUUAUUCGAUUUGAGUGUCCUAAAAAAAAAAAUCAAUUCUUUUUACAUGGUAGAUAACAUAUUUGAGAUAGAUUAAUAUUAACAAAUAAUCUACUCAAAU